UGUGUUGUUUGGCUCCCUUUACUCUUCCAUUUUUCUUUGUCCAUUUUGUUGUAUUUGCAGGAAGCUGGUGUAAGGGAAGAGAGAGAAAGGUUUUUUCUCUCUCUUUCUCUUCUUUACGUUUUUCUCUUUAUUUUUUGACAACAAAUUUUUGGUGGGAUUUAAGGGUAUUUAGGUUGUGGGUUGAGUUGAGUUGUUGGGGUUGGAAGAAUAUAACGCUAUGAAUAUGAUGCGAAGGUUGAAAAGCAUUGCUUCUGGGAGGCCUUCCAUUUCAUCAGAUCCGAGUGGGGAUUGUACCACAAAAAGAGUUAAAUUUGAUCAAGAGACUGAAGGAAAGGUCAAUGAGGAAACUUGUGCUACUGAGCGAUGCGGAAUAGAUCAGGACCAGCAUGUAGAGGCAUCAAACGAAACUAGUUCCACUGUUUCUACAAUGGCUAGAACUGAGAAGUCAGGUUAUGAUCAGCUUCCAAAAGAAUUAAAUGAAAUGAAAAUUGGAGACGACAAAGGAAAGAGCAACAACAAUGAGAAGGAUAUGGAAGCAACUAUUGUGAAUGGUAAUGGAACAGAAACAGGUCAAAUAAUUACAACUGCUAUUGGUGGUCGUGACGGACAACCAAAGCGGACAAUCUCAUACAUGGCAGAACGUGUGGUUGGCACUGGUUCUUUUGGUGUUGUUUAUCAGGCUAAGUGCCUUGAAACUGGUGAAGCAGUUGCAAUAAAAAAGGUGUUGCAAGACAAGAGAUAUAAAAAUAGGGAACUACAGGUUAUGCGUAUUCUUGACCAUACUAACGUACUCAGACUAAAGCACUGUUUCUAUUCAGCAGCUGAUAAGGAUGAGUUGUACCUUAAUUUGGUUUUGGAGUAUGUACCUGAAACUGUCUACAGAGUUUCAAAGCACUAUAUCAGAAUGCACCAACAUAUGCCUAUCAUUUAUGUGCAACUGUAUACGUACCAGAUAUGCCGGGGUUUAAACUAUUUGCAUCAUGUGAUUGGAGUCUGUCAUCGGGACAUCAAACCCCAGAAUCUGUUGGUUAAUCCCCAGAGUCAUCAGUUAAAGAUAUGUGAUUUUGGGAGUGCAAAGAUGUUGGUGCCUGGCGAGCCCAACAUAUCAUACAUAUGCUCUCGGUAUUAUAGAGCUCCAGAACUUAUUUUUGGUGCAACAGAAUACACUACUGCUAUUGAUAUUUGGUCUGCUGGCUGUGUUUUGGCUGAGCUUCUUCUAGGACAUCCAAUGUUUCCAGGAGAGAGUGGGGUUGAUCAGUUGGUAGAGAUCAUUAAGAUCUUGGGAACACCAACCAGAGAAGAAAUAAAGUGCAUGAAUCCAAAUUACACUGAAUUCAAGUUUCCUCAAAUUAAAGCUCACCCGUGGCAUAAGGUUUUUCACAAGAAGAUGCCUGCAGAAGCAGUGGAUCUCGUGUCAAGGAUGCUUCAGUAUUCACCAAAUCUUCGUUGCACUGCUUUGGAGGCAUGUGCACACCCUUUCUUUGAUGAUCUGCGAGACCCAAGUGCAUGCUUGCCAAAUGGGCGAGCACUACCUCCUUUGUUCGAUUUCACUGCUCAAGAACUGUCAGGCGUAUCAGAUGAAUUGCGUAGGCGUCUCAUUCCUGAGCAUGCACAAAGUUGAAUUCAUUGUUGAGCAUUGUAAAUGGAUUUUUGGAUGAAUAGAUGACUACACCAGCAAUGCUACCUUCCCUAUCAGUCUAGGUCUCUGAUGUCCAUCCUGCACGAUCAUAUGACUAUACAACUCGUAGGAACCUUAAAAUCAUGCAACCUCUUUAUCAAGGCCACGCAGGUGACAAUGAAUGAAGUAGGACUGCCUGGUGAUAGGGUUGCAACCAUUUUUUAUGUAGUUUAUGAUUGAUGUAUGCAUCAAUUGUAAAAGAUAAUGAGUCUUAAAUCCUUUGCUCAUGUUUCAUGUAGUUCAAGAUGCUUGUUCCUUAAGAGGACUAUGUGGAAUCAUCAGAUGAGUAGGAAUCUUUUUUCAACCCCUUUAUUUUGUAUUUGUUAACUUUGUAAAGACAUAAAAGAACAGCUUCUUUCUUUAUUCUGCAUCUCAUGUUUCGUUC